AGCAGGGUUGAGAGGGAGGUCCUACGGCUCAGCCAUGAGUGAGGAAAUCUAUGAAGUACGGGACAAUUUGGUGGUCACUUGGGUAAAACCCCAGAAGUCCGAGGACAACUUUGAAGAACCAGGGACCAGCUCUGAAAGGAAGGAGGAGGAGGAGAUCUUGGCUGAGUCAGAGCAAAUGGAAACAGAGAACAGCCAGCAGGUCAUCAACCCAGUGCUAUCAGUACCGGACAUGAGUCCCAACAGACACCACAAACGCUCCAUACUGGUGCUCUGUUACAGAGGAAAGAAGAGGAGGGAAGAAGAGGACCAACCAGAGGAGGACCCUGAGUUUCAGGGUCCACCACCUAAGGGCCUAGUGGAGGAAUCCAGACCCCCAGGAACGCUGCGCUGGACAACUCCAGGAGCUGUGAGGAAGAAGACUCUAGGAGCUGUGCAGAAAAAGACUUCAAGAGCUGUGGAGAGAAAGACUUCAUUAGCUGUGAAGAAGACUCCUGGAGAUGUGAGGCAGAAGAAUCUAGGAGCUGAGCAGAAAAAGACUCAAGGAGCUGUGCAGAGAAAGACUUCAGGACCUGUGAAGAAGACCCCAGGAGCUAUGAUGAAGACUUCAAAGAGCAGUCAGCUCUGCAGUGAGAUGAAGAGUCAGCUCAGCCGUCAGCAGAGCAGCCAGCAGAGCAGUCAGCAGAGCAUUCAGCAGAGCAGCCAGCACAGCAGUCAGCAGAGCAGCCAGCACAGCAGUCAGCAGAGCAGCCAGCAGGGCAGUCAGCAGAGCAUUCAGCAGAGCAGCCAGCACAGCAGUCAGCAGAGCAGCCAGCAGAGCAGUCAGCAGGGCAGUCAGCAGAGCAUUCAGCAGAGCAGCCAGCAUAGCAGUCAGCAGAGCAGCCAGCAUAGCAGUCAGCAGAGCAGCCAGCAGAACAGCCAGCAGAGCAGCCAGCAGAGCAGCCAGCAGAACAGCCAGCAGAGCAGUCAGCAGAGCAUUCAGCAGAGCAUUCAGCAGAGCAGUCAGCUCACCCUUAAGGAGACCAAAUCUGGGCAAUAA